AAACGAGAAAAAAGUAGGCCGAUGCAUGUUUAGAAAUUCCCAAGGAAAGGCAGAUAAACAGAAUCGGCUCUGCAAACAGAACGAAAAAGCAAAUGACAUGAGUGAACUCUUCUGAAUUCCGGAGGACGAGCGCACGAGAAGGUGCAGCUGUAAGCGUCGGGUGCGACAUUUAUUCGAUAAUUCCGGCAUCUUCUGACUAGCGAUAAUUGCGGCUGCCAUACCAGCUGCGUCGGUAUUUUCGACCGACGAUGAAAGCUGCUACGGCGAGGUGGAUACUUGUAGAUUUACCAAGAUCUUCCGACUUUGGUCGACCUACUACAACAGGUACUUCGGCCAAGUGUGAGCUGCGAACAAGAACCAGAUCGUGAAAAUGGGGGACCCGCAGCAGUUUUCGAAGCCAUUUAUGGCUUCGUUUUUGGAUGACUACUCUUUGGAACCUCUUUGGCCUGGUCCCCGGCAACCGGAUGAUCCCCCUGCCUCGUUCCUUCUGGCCUCAGGGCCUUCUCAGUCGAAUUACCCGACGUUCACUGGAAGUGCAGCGACAAGCAGCGCAAGUAGCACGGUCGACGCAGCAGCGCAGCUGUGGGGUGGUGGUCACGCUGCGAACUUUCCAGCUGCGGUCGGUCUGUUUUAUGGUUGUAGAACUAUUUUGAUUUUGUUAUGCCGACCAUAGUUUGUUGCUUUGCUCUUGUUGAGGCGCAAUCUCAUAAGUAGCAGAUGAUGGCGGCUUCGUAAAAACGCUUUCAUCUUCAUCUUCGUACACUCUUUCUUUUCUUUACUUGUGUAAGUAUGUGAUCGUCUUUUAUUUUUCAUACCGAGCGCAACGCAACGGGGUCAACAACACCGAACGCGUACGACGUGCGGACAGUUGAAGUGAGCAUGAUGCUCAUGGGUUCUUUCGUUUUCUUCAUCACCUUGUUCUAUCUCGCAAACAACAAGGAUCACGACAUUCGCAGACAUUUUUGGCGGAUCGCGAGUUGUACGGUACUUUUAUCUACUGGUGAGGUUGUUUCACUUGAUCAAGAACAAAUUUCAUAAUCAUAAGCAUGCCCAGUCUCUUUUUCCACCGUCACGAUUAUCUUUGGCACUUAGUCUCAUGUCAUUGUCACAACAAUUCUCACAUUGACUACAGAUCACGAUAUUUUUGGCUCUGCAAGUAUUUCAUCUCGCGAAUGAUCCCCUAGUCGAGAUCUACGUUUUCGGUGGCGCAAACACGAGGCUUCUCCUGCAGAGUGCCUAUCCAGAAUGGGACCUGCUAAAUACCUCCGGUCGAGAGAAGACUACUUCUACGACAGCGGAGGAGCUGCACCAGCUUGGGAGCACUAGCGCUGGCCAUGAUGAUCAUACAGAGCAGAGGAGAAGUAGGGAAUACAACAAGAAGAAUAAUGUGGUCAUCGAUGAUGAUGAUUUUGACGAUGAGCGAAAAAGAAAUGCACUACUAUCAGAAAUCUCUAAGACUACAGCCUCUGCCACUGAGGAAAGCGGUAGUGCUAUUGUUUCCAGCGGCAGCCCUGUUCUUCUGUUAAAAGAGAAAGAGAACGGCAACAGGUACAGUGACAGUACUGUGGGGACGGUGUCAUCAGCAGCAGCAGCAGCAGGACAUAGUGCGAGCUCAGUAAAGCCUGUUAGUCCAGCGAGUGCCAACGACGGUGUCGCUCCUCAAGUCUCUAGGACUGAGCACAAAAGUGAAGUGGAGGGCGAGGAAGCCGUCCAAAAGACCUCUUCUAGAAGAAGAACAACUAGCGCAAAAGAAGCAGGUGGUCGGCCUGCCACACACCAGUCCUCGAUCUCUAGUGUUGUUGCGAAGCACGCGGUUGAUGAGAUCGCUAGAAACAGAAACGCUAUACAGCUGCCGCUUUUCGUGUCUGAAAAGCACCAAGGAGAUCAUAGUGCUGCUGCAUCUGAGAUUGGGGCUUUGAAGAUGCAACUAUCAGGAGCGCAAAUGUAUCCUGGUGAAGCACCCCAUCGAAGCCUGUCUGGAGCCGCUUCCCCCAGCUCUGCGCAGCUCCCUCUGACAGUUCAUGACAACGAUCAAGCAGAGGACUGUGGUAAGAAAACUGGUGGGCAAAACCAAGUUGCGAUCAAAGCUAGUAGUUCUAGUGUGCACCAGGAGAGACCAGCAGCUGCCCAUGAUUCCUCAGAUGCUCAUCACGAGCAACAAAUUCCUUCACACAAACUACAAAAGAAGAAAGGACAGCAAGAAACACAUCCUCAGGAUGGGAGGGCGACGCAAGAAGAGAAGACACCCCCUUCCUCCUCUCACAGUUCUCCUUCACACAGUAGUGCUAAGGGUUCAUCUGCUACUCCGUCUUCAGUGCCGCUCGUACACAAGCAGCACCGAACUGGAGCGAAAGUGGCAGUGUCAUCGAAGCCAGUGGAUCAUUACAAGGUACAAAAUAAAAUCGCAAAUAGCAAAGUAAAACCAACGAGAGCAGGAGCAGGUGGGAUGCAGGGCGCUACGCGUGAAGGCCGCGGGGACCGAGUGCUCAUCGAGUCGGAGAGUGCUAGACUAGGCAGGGACCACGCUCACGGAGCUGCAGCUGGAACCUCUAGCACGACAAGUAAACUAGCUGGGGGGUCUAGCCGAAGUAGAAGCGCUGGAGCAAGCAGAGAACCGAACAACAUUGGCGCUUCAUUUUCAUCAUCGAAAACAAAAGGAAGAUCGGCUGAGGAAGGAACAACUAGGAAGAGCGCCUCUUAUCAGCCUGCUCCUACAUCUGCUCAAAGUCAAAGAACAAAAGCACACGACUCUGCAGCACAUGAUAAGCACGCGUCAGAAGAAAAGCCGACAUCUCCAGGUAGAGUAGAACAAUCACUCGUCGAAGUCGGCACGCGCAAAGUAGUCGGGAAGCCUGGGGCGACUGGUGCUUCGAGUGUGCAUGCAACCCAGUCAGAAACUUCUAGAUCUGCAUCAGCAGGGAGAACUUCUAGUCAGCAUGCUCGUGCGUUUUCAAUCGAGAACAAAAUAGUACCCGCAGCUGCGCAUGAUGUAGAUGUACUUGAUGGUGUGAAGCCGGAUAUUAGCCACGUCGCUAAAGGCCUAACGACCGUCCUUCAUCAUGAAGUUUCUCCAACACAAGAACACCAGCAUCCACCCAGAAACAGACUACUAGACCCUGCGGCUUUGACAAGACUGGUAGAUCCGCUUUCAAAUAUCGAUCGAAAGUCGGUGAAAGGGGCGUCUUCCUCUUCUUCAAAAAUAUCUGUGCAAUCUCAGUCAUCCCUUAUAGAGGACGAAGCGGAAGAUGGAGAAGACAGCAUUCUGGAGCCAGACGAGCGUCCCGCAGCUAUGUUUUUUCAGCUUGAGAGUCUGCGCAAACACGUUUCGGCUUCGUUGCAGUCAGCUGCGCAGAGCGAACCAGUGAAGAGUGCGCGGCACGUUUUGGCGCAAAUGCUGACUCGACUGAAACGUGGAUUGCACCUCACCGGAGAGGACAGCAUAGUGGAUGAGCCAGAUCCGUUGCAAUUGGAGGAAGUAGAGCGAGAGCAUCUCUCCUCAUUGGGACUCCAGAAUCUUCACCGUAGCACCAGUUGGAUGAGGGACAUGGCAAACAACAGUGUCCGCAGAGUCCCAUCAGUAAGCGGUGGUGUGGUCGCGGUGCAGUUCGCCCUCUACUUUGGCUGGUUCAUGUUACGAUUGCCUAAUGAACUGAAGUACUUAAGUAGACCUGUUGCUUGAGCAAGCAAGUUCGUUGGUUCUUUUUAUCAUAUUCUUUAGUGUAGGAGCGUGUGCGUGACACCAGAGCACGAUCGACUUCUCACGCUCACCACACUACAUGAGUAUUUUUAUCUUCAGAACAACAUCUUCAUCCAUCGCGACGCGUAGCUUCCUUGUUUUUUUCGUUCAUAGCCCGCUUUGCAGCUUUUGUGCUUGUUCGUGGAAUGUGGAUGCCUAAAGUGGGACCAUCAUGAGGACGAUGACGAACUAGACCUCGAUGUGGACAACGUGGAGGACUCGCCACGACAUCUUAAUAGACCAGAGGCAGAAUACGAGCGGGCUCAGACAAAAAUCGCACUCACUGCAUGUUAUGCGGACCUCUGAUAGAUUUAUCCUUAUAAUAUUUAUAGCCUCAGCCUCUUAAUCCUCCAACAUGGAGAAUUUCAUGAUGGAUUUACACCUGGUUCUCUCAUCUACUUACAUCUGCACUAUUAUUCCCAACAUCUUUCUUCCAGCUUCUCCCUAGUCUUUUCUAAAAAUCGGCUUCCUUGCUAGGCUAUGUCGCAAUGUUCGCGGUUCUCCACGCUUUUUCGUCACUGCAAGCGCUUACGAACAACAUCGGCAUGUCGUUCGCUCUGGUGACGGUGUGCCCCGUCUGCCUCAUCAUCUUGUGGGAACUCUCGCGUUUCUUACGCGCAUCCAUUUAUGCAAAGUAGUCCAUUGGUCAUUAUCGUAUUCAUAUUUUCCUUUGCAGCCUCCAUCUUUGGUCAAAGCAAUGUCAUCUUGCUCCCUUUUGUUUUCCCACCCCAGCGAGAAACACAGCUCUAAUUCUUGGUACAGACUUGCUGCAUAGGUAGCAAAUUUGCAAGUGUGAGGACACCGCUCCCAUUGCGACAAACUAGAUCUUCUACGGGUGAAGGGGUCGCUGAGUGGGAAAGACUUAUUACCGACAUACAGAGUGAAAACCUCGGAAUCGCUACCAGUUUUCUGCUGGUGCAAAGUUUGUUAUGGCGAUGAGUCUGUACUUACCAUGCUGCACAUAGGUGGGAAAAAUCAGUAUUGUUUCUAGUGGUAGAAGCAGCGCUAACCAAUCUUCUGUUUCUGAGCACUUAAUUAUGGGCUUAGUCCUUCGUGCGAGAUUUAUUGUAUUGUAUUGUAUUGUAAUAUUCCUGAUUGCCCGCUGAAUUAUCCACCCCAGCGCAUGACGGCGCAUACGCAGAGGGACGAGAUGAUUAUCCAUCUAAGUAGCUCUAACUCAGCAGUUCCUCAUAAUUGGUCGACUGCCCGACUUCCAUGGACAACAGGCACCUCUUCCAGGCCAAAUCUUCUAUACUCCACCGUCAGGAGUGCUGAGUGUCAUGCUACUCAUUGUGGUACUGAUUUCUUGAAUUUGCUAAGCUUCACUUCAGCAAGACGCAGAUAUUGAGUCUUCACCGAUUCUCAGCGCUCUGACCAUUCAAAACACCCCACGCAACCAGGUCGUAACCGCCUUGGUGGCGGAUUUUCUAGUGCGAUUCGUGCAUAGGAGGCAGAGGGAAGUGCCGACAUACAGUUUCCAGAGUCGGAUUUUUAGUCUGGUGACCGUCAUCCUGAGCAUGACAUUUGCGUGGCAGCUUUUACUGAUGCUGAGGUGGAUAGUGGCUCACCUGUGCGCCACGAUCUCCAACAUGGUCAUUUUUAAGCUGGUUGUAGCGACUUUCGUCACGCUCAUCGGCAUGGCGCUCAUCAUCGUCUUAGAUAUGUUUGAAGACUGGCUGGCGCCACACAGACAGGUCCUUUUUCUCGAUCAGGGACCCACAGUUGCCGCAACAGACCUGUCGGAUAAGGAGUUUAUGGGAUGAAUUCACAACAAGGGAUGUGUUUUAACUAAGUAGCUCAAACGAAUAAAGUUACAAGCAGAAUCACCUCCUACACCUCUGCCUUUCGUCUCUUCCCUAUUCUCAUUUCAACAAUCAUGGUUCGUCUAAUUUUGUCGGCAGGAAUAACAAGAAGGGCAUGGAGCGGGGUCUGCGCGGUGGAUCCCCAACCGACUAUAUCAACGACUAUAAUAGCAGCCCGCAGCAACCGGGGAAUGAGCCAGUCGUUGCCGGUUACUACGUGCCAAAUGCUGAUGUUGGACGACGCAAUCCCGGGGGUGGUCGGCCGCCAGGGAAACGGCAGCGUGGGGAAGAUCCAAUUCGGGGGAUUUACCCUGGAAGCAUGGUAGAAGGACGAAUGGGGGACAUUGAUAGGGAAGGCAGCCACGAACUGCUUUUCAUGGAGGGAAGCCAUCGGAUGGAAGCUCCCUACGUUCCAAGUAGACUUCGUGGGGCCGUUAUGGCUGGUUGGUGCGUUGCAUAAGUAUUUGAUGCUCCUUUGAUUGACAUUAUCUAUCCAUGAAAAAUUCGAUUUCUGUCCAUGAGGUUCAGGUCUGGCCACAAAUCUUUCGAUUGUGAGCCUGGAAAGGAGCCGGACGGUAAAGAUUCUGGUACUAAAAUAUGUAUGAAGAAAUAUGGGUGUACAAAAUAGAUUACUUACCACCCUCCGCACCCCGUUCAUAUGCCCAGACCGGAAUCGUUACGAGCAGUACGACCGCCAACGCGAUGAGGGCAGUGAGCAGGAUGACACGGACAUUAUGGGGAGGAUUACUGCGCUUCAAUCUUGAUUGGUUUCCUACCAAAGAGAAUGCCGCGAGUGAAUCAUACUAAAUGUUUUCGUCUGUCUAUCCCUUCUUCUUACUUGAAGUAACUUCUAAUAUUCGCUCCUCGUUAGAGGGUGGUAGCGUUUCCGAGGAGAUGCCACUUUCACAACAGCAAAACUACCAGGUCCGCCCAGGCUUAGGAAAUGCGAGACCUAUAGCAGACCGACGCGAUGAGCCUCCGCCAAGUCCGUUUGUAGUCCAAGACAACCUAGAGAAAAUGAUCCUCUGCGUGGGGAUCAUCAUCGGCUUCGCAUGGAAUCAUGCGUUUGAGGUAGCGAAUUAGAUUUAGGAAAUCAUCAUCGCUAAAGCGUUUUGCUUUUUUCCUACUGCGUUCUCUAAGUUACCGAUCCUUCCCAAAAAACCAACUACUCGCACUCAGGUUGCCAUGCUAGCCGUGAAUCAGGAGAUCGACAGCGCUUUUCGCACAGAGUGGGGCAGACAGCAUAAUCUGCAUCUUAUGUUUGUGCUUCUACGCAUUUUGUUGAUUCUUCUUGUCCUGCCAGCUUGGAGGUACCAUGUCUUACCGCAGGUGGUACGCACUAGAGACGAAUUCUUGCAGGGUCGCGUCCUAGAAAACAUCCAGGAUGAAACUUCUGCAGCACGGGUGAUUGGUGACCAGGCCAGCGAGCGUUUCGAACAGUGGAAACAGGAUCGAAGGGUUCGCCCGAUGAGCAAAUUUCUGUUAUGGAUUCUUUAAUAGAACAACGCCAUAUGAUUGAGAAGUGAAUACUCAUCAAUGUCGGGAGAUUGGUUUACGCCGCUUGCAGCUAUGCCUAGUACUAUUAAACUACAUUCGAUACUAUCCGCGUCUGGUAAUAUUUCGAUACCUGUUACACGCCAUAAUUAUUUCUAUCACAUCUAUACCUAUCCAAAUCCUCUACUAAUUUCCUGGGGGAUCUAUUUUCUGGUGGUAGUCGUCCUUCUGGCGACGGUAGCAUUGGCGUACGUGAACGAGAAAGAAACAAUGUUCUUCCUGCUUAACGUCCGUGAAUGGGCUGCGGAUUCGAUGCGAUGGGCUGGACUGCAGGCACGGAGGGUGUUGCUUCUUGAAAAAUGAUAGAAGAAGCGCAAUUACAAAUAGAAAAGUUCAUAGAUGAGAUAAUGAAGAUACUAUGAACUAAGAACGUGUCUGUUUGAUGACAAAGAAAUAGAAAGCAUUUUAUUCGAGACAGAGAUUGAGACCGAUACAUGAAAAACUUGCCAACUUGAUGCAGUACAGUCAUUUUUAGAAUACAGGCUUGCUUACUCUUUGCCAGAACCAGAGGGAGGUUGAGGCGGCAGGCAUCAUUCUCCUUCUUUUUUCUUAGUUUCGAUGUACCUAUCAUAGAGGAUCCAUUAUAGUACUAACUCUUUCUUGUCUAAUUUCAAAAUAAUGUGUAUCGGAGCCAAGCUCCCUGCCUUGGAUAGCACAAACUGAUCUAAGUAAUGAAGCAAGGAAUACAAGGCCCUGUUGUUGAAUGCAAGACAAAAUAGUUUACAUGAAUGCAAAAUGAACUUGUACCUAUUUUUACCAUGACAAAAGAAGAAGAACAUGAUUAUGAUAGUUGUUUUUCUAAUGAACAUUACAUGUCGGUGCCUUAACCGUACCCAAGAACAUAAAUAUAGAUAAGUAAACGCAGUUAGCCAUCAACUGCAGUGUAGCGACGUUGCAUGUAUCAUUUGUCUGCCAGGCGUCAGUCAGGCACAGAAAUGGGGCAAGCUGCGAGCUGGUGGUGCCUCAUGUACAGAAUUUCUACUUAUGUAUUGAUUUUUUGAGUUUUCUUUCUUUCUGAUGUCGCUCUCAUCGAAGUUAUAUGUAUUUAUCUUCGUUUUUAUCUGUAUCUUCUGGUCUACUUUCUACUUUGUACAUUCGUGGUGGUCAAUGUAUCUAUAGGAAGCAAGACUGAAGUGGUCAUAGAUUGAGUCGCGCUUUCCGCACAGAAGAUAGUCUCGGUUUUUACUGUAGAUGUUGAUUGUAGCGCUUGAUUACGGGAAGAGAAUUGAAAAGUUAAAACACAAAGAAAGGCAACUACAACCUUUCAGACAAAGGCUGCGCGA